AUGGAAACAAAACAAGAAAUCCUAAAUAUAAAUGGAAUAUCAACACAUACAUAUCAAUUAGGUAAUCAAUCGUUAUCAUCAAAAACAAUAGUCAUUAUUCCUGGUAAUCCUGGUCUUGGUGGUUUUUAUAUUCCAUUUGCCCAUGAACUUUAUAAUUUAUUCAAUGAAAAUAUUUCAAUAUUGGUUAUAUCCCAAGCAGGACAUAGUCCACCAUUGAAACAUUGUUUUACAUUAAAUGAACAAAUCGAACAUAAAUUACAAGCUAUAAAACAAUUAGUACCAAAUAAUCCCAAUCAUCAAUUGAUUUUAAUUGGACAUUCAAUAGGAGCAUAUAUGGUUUUAAAUAUGCUUGAUAAACUUGAAAAUAAACUUAAUCGUGCAUUUCUUCUCUUUCCAACAAUUGAACGUAUGGGUGAAAGUGAUGCAGGACAACGUUUUAUACGAUUAUAUCCAAUAUUAAUUUAUCUAUUACCAUUUUUAUGCUUUAUUGCGAAUAUAUUAUUACCAUUUGAUUGGUUAAAAAGAAAAAUAAUUUCUUACUAUUUUUCUCAAUCGCCACUGAAUGAUCGUGAAAUUUUAAUUGAUACAGUUCUGUAUGAUUUAUUAAAUCCAUUAGCUAUAAAAAAUCUUUUACAAAUGGCAAAUGAAGAAAUUCCAAGUGGUACUGGUAAUAAUUCUUAUAUUCAUCCUGAAAGUGAUGAAUAUGGUCGUCGUCAUUUUUCAAUAAGUAGUAAUCAAAAUCAACAUGAAACAACAGAAGAUGAUAUUGAAAAUCAAAAUGAUAAACCAAAUAUAUUAUUAUCAUCAUCGAAAGCUAAAUGGUUUGAUGCUGUACGAACUGUAAAACAACUAAAGGAAAAUAAAGUAAGAUAUUAUUAAAUUAGUAAUUCAAUAAUGGAAAUCGAAACGAUACUUAAAUAUAAGUACAUUAGACUAAUAAGAUAUAUGAAUUCUAUUGAAAUCGAUCUAUAUGACUUUUAUUGAUAAUGUCAUUCUCAAAAAAGAAAAGCUACGUUGAAGUAUUUUCAAUAUUAAUAGAAUAAAUAUUCACUUUUGAAAUACUUGAGAGUACUUAAAAAGAUUUUUCUAUUAGUAUUAAACUAUUUUUUCAUAAAUGAAAUGAAUUUUUCUCUAUUUAAUAAUAUUCCUUCAAGAAAUCGAAUAUGAAUAUUAUAUUCAUUGU